GAGAGAAGACCGGCUUCGAGAAUUUCGAACACAAGCUGGACCCGAGUCAGACCAUUGUGCGAUUCGCUGUUAAAUCCUCGCAAGCGAUUUUCGAGCGCUGUGACCGUGAUUAUUCAGAUCUCUGAUGGCGAGCGCUGCAGCAGGCGACGUUGCCGUCGUUGUCGACGCUUUGCCGUAUAUCGACCAUGAGUAUGACGAAACCGGGGUUCGCGAGGCGGUCCUAGCCAUGGUCGAAGAAGAAACUCGACGGUACCGUCCUACGAAGAAUUACCUGGAGCACUUGCCUGCUCUGAAGCUACACGAAUUCGAGACGGAAAUCCUCAGAGCCGAGCUGGAGAGGCUGCAAGCUAGAACACCCAUGGAUAUGAUAUCCAUGAAGAGGUACGAGCUCCCUCCGCCACCCCAUGGUCGGCACAAUGACCUUCAAGCUUGGGCAGAAGCUGUCGACAACUCCCAUGCGCAGCUGGAACAACAGAUAACUCGUAUCGUGAAUCUGGAGCUCCUGGAGAAAUACGGAGCGGAGUCAUGGCGCGGACACAUUGAUGUGUUGGUCAAUAUUGUGAGGGAUCUGCAGAGCAGGCUUCAGGACGUACGCCGCAAAAUCCAAGACAUCCACUACGAGCGAAAAACAAGGCAGACUGAAGUCGGAGACGAACUCCGACUCCUUGAGUCCGAAUGGGUCGGUCUGGUCUCGAAAAAUUAUGAAAUCGAGAGAGCUUGCGCUGAAUUGGAGAAGGAGAUUCCGGGGACGUCUAAGGACGAUGAAACACAGGAGCCUAUUGCCAAGAAGACCCGCAGCGAAUAGUGCAGAGAGGUCGAUUGAAAACAUCAUGAUAAUCUUGUAUAAAUACGACUUGUAAAUAGCCGCAUCCCUCGAUAAACCGAGUAUUCGA